GUUCGGUAGUAAAAAUCCACCUGAGGAUAUGCCUGACAAUAAUCAACAAGCCGACGAAAAAGCUGCCGCUCAUCAGGAUCCUGAAACAGUUGAGAAAGAGUUAGAAGAUGCAGGAUUUAUCGCACCGCCAGAUGGUGGUUAUGGAUGGGCAAUCGUUGCUGCUUCUUUCCUCCUUAAUAUGAUUGUUGAUGGUGUCAUUUUCACUGUGGGAAAAAUUCUCCAACCCGCAUGGGUUCAUAGUUUUGGAAUCUCGGAAGCAUCUGCUGCAAUGACCAUGUCAAUUCUCUCCGGAUGUUAUUUCUUUGCAGGUCCAAUUGCAUCGGUUCUCUGCAACGUUUUCGGAUGCCGACAAGUUGCUCUUGCCGGUUCUCUCAUUGCUGCUCUGGGAUUCUUGUUAUCCAUAAGUGCUCCAAACAUUUACGUUCUUUACGUUUCUUUUGGACUAAUUGCUGGAGCUGGAUUCGGAAUGAUGUACCUUCCAGCUAUUGUCAUCAUUUCACAAUACUUCGCAAAGAAGCGAUCCGUUGCCACUGGAAUCGCUGUCUGCGGAUCUGGAAUCGGAACGACGGUUUUCGCAUUGCUGAAUGACGUCGUUUGGGAUUUUGUUGGAGGGGAUUGGAAACAGUUUUUGGUUUAUACCGCCGCUGUUACCAUCUCAGGUCUUGGAGCCUGUAUACUUCUGCGACCAUUGAAGCCAAGUAAAGAUCAGAUUGAGAAAGUCGCAAAGGUUUUGGAAGACUAUGAAGAGCACAAAGAAAAGGUUCCAGAAUCCCCAUUGCUCAGCAAGCACAACACACCGUUUUUAAGUUCAUUAGAGCUUCACACGGCCGGGAAACUGGAAAAUGGACAUCACACCGGAUCAAUUAAAAGUAUUGUUGAUGCUGUCUCAAAAGAAAUUGAAGACCUUAACAAACCACUGUUGCGCAAGGACAUUUUCUAUUCUGGAUCUACAACAAAUAUUGCCGCUAGAAGUCGUACAGGAACCAUGACUCGCGAGGAAGCUGCAGAGCAUCAACAAUCUCUUCGUUUCCGUGGAAAGGUUGAAACACCACAACAGUAUUUGUCCAAAGCUGACUUAAACGCCGGAGACAAUGGAGAUGUUGCAAUUGCCAAUGAGAGCAAAAUUCAGGAAAUCAAACAGGCGUUGAAACAACUUGUCGAUAAGGAGCUUCUCUUCUCACCAUCAUUCCUUCUCCUUGCUUUUUCCGGUACUUUAACUCUUUGCUGCUUCUAUGUACCAUUCAUCUAUCUGGGAAAUCAUUUGGAUAAGAUCGAGGGGCUCACCACUGCUGAAAAGUCUUUCACAGUCUCCCUCAUCGGAGUUCUCAACAUUGUUGCUCGUAUUGGCUGUGGUAUCCUGGCGGACCGUCCGGAAGUGUCCGCUCUUGCUGUCAAUAACUUCGCCCUAAUUGCUGCCGGUCUUGCCACCAUGACUGUACCAUUGUACACUGCUUACUGGCAGUUCUUGGCAUUCUGUGUUCCAUUCUCAAUUGGAGUCGCUUGCUUUGCCGCGCUGCGUUCUAUCAUUGUAGUGGAGUUGAUUGGAUUAGAAAAAUUGAGCAACGCGUUUGGAAUCCUUCUCACGUUCAUGGGAGUUGGAGCUGUUGUGGGAUCACCACUGGCCGCUGCUAUGAAAGACUACACUGGAAACUUUGACACUUCCUUCUACGUCAUGGGAGCCCUGAUGACUAUUAGUGGAGCAAUGUGCAUUCCACUCGGAGGACUCCGUAAACGAGAGUUGGCAAGAUCGGAUUCAUCAGAUGCUAAGAAGGCAAUUGAGCUCCAGAAGCUCACGGACACUCAAGAUAAUACUAACUGAAUCUAAAAUCUCAAAAUAUACAUUUGUAUGUUCUAAAUUUUCCUUACUUAUUUUCACUUCAUUUGUUGCAUUUGCCUAGAAACAACUUGUUUUAAUAAGCAUCAUCGAUGUCACCCAGUCUUUGUAGUUUGUGUUUUAUCUGAUCAUUGUUACAAAAUCACCCGAGAUUCUAUCUGGAGCAGUUAGGCUUUUUCUUGUUUUAUCAUUAUUCUUUGUCAUCAUCAUCAUCACCUUCACAUAACAUUAUCUGUUAAUUUACGUACGUGUUUUUCAGCACUUGACACAUGUAUUUAUUUUAAUUAAUUUGUAUCUUUUCAGCCAAUUAAGAAUUUCUCACAAUAAAAAGAUUCA